AUGGGCGUCUCCCUCGUCCGCAUAGACUACGGGCUGUUUGGCCUCAACCCUCCCCACACCCACCCACGUUCCACCGAGAUUUUGACCGUGCUGAAGGGCUGCCUGCACGUCGGGUUCGUGACGUCGAACCCCGAGAACAAGCACUUUGACAAGGUUUUGAACAAGGGAGAUGUGUUCGUGUUUCCUAAGGGCCUCGUCCAUUACCAGUACAAUAACAGGACGAGUAACACAGUGGCCAUUGCGGCGCUGAGCAGCCAGAACCCUUGA